CAUACCAUGUUUGCUUUAUGAUGUGACAGAUCAAGAGAGUUUCAACAAUGUAAAACAACCUAAUCUUUAGUGAAAUUGAUCGUUAUGCUAGUGAGAAUGUCAACAUGCUUCUUGUUGGAAACAAAUGUGAUCUCACUUCUCAGAAAGUCGCGUCUUAUGAAAUUGAAAAGGCAUUUGUUGAUGAGAUUGUGAUUCCAUUCCAUGAAACAAGUGCUAAAAGUUCCACCAAUGUAGAAGAAGCUUUUAUGGCUAUGACUGUUGAAAUUAAAAACAGGAUGGCAAGUCAACCGUCAAUGAACAAUGCUAGACCUCUUACUUUUCAGAUCCGUAAAAGAGGAGUCAACAAGAAAGUUCUUAUAGUCCCUUUAAUAGAAAAUAAGGGAGGGAUCAGUGGAAUAAUGGAAGGAAGAAGUCUCAAAGUCUUAUGUUUGCUGCCAACUGGGACUGAAAAACAUUGUUUCCAACAAAGACCCCAUAUCUAG